UCCACAGGAGGAGUUAGGGGGAGGGAAUGAGAGAGAAACAGGAAUUUUAAGAGGAAUUGAAACAAUGUAUUUAAAAAUAUCUACAUAGUAACGAGAACUGUGGACUUGUACAUAUUUAUUUUAAAACCACACCACUCCGGCCCGGACCACAGCUUUGGACUAAAAGGAGGAGGAGAACAAUUAAAAAAAAAAAAAAAAAAAAAAAAAAUAGUGUUUACCCGUGUGAGGGGGGAAAAAAAAAACCCUGAAGAAAACACUAUACCGAAGAGAAGGAGGAAGAAAGACAAGGCGACCUGAAGCAUGGGGUCUGGGGUGUGGAUAAUAUCCCUGUGAUUACAUUUAAACGCUGCCCCCACCACCUCCCCCCCUCCUCAAAUAAACACCAACACGGCAUCUCCCUCAGCUGCUCCGUGUUGAGAGCGGAGGGAAGGACCUCGGCUUUUUGAGCUGAAUAAUUGUAUAUAUAUAUUUAAUUUUGUCACUUGCUGACAGUCCAGUGUGCAGGAAGGAGUUUGGAAACUCGAUUGCAUGUGGAAACAGUCAGUUAUAUCAUUACAAACGGGGGCUGUGUUUCAAUGGGAUUACAGUAAUGCGCUGUGCCAGGCUAUGGGGUAUUUAAAAAAAAAAAAAGAACAUUUCUCUCUUCUAUUUUCUGCGAUUUUAUUUAUUUUAUUUUUUUUUUUUAAAUGCAAGCCGGUGUAAUUAAACAGCACGUUUGCAUCACAAAGAUCAUUAAAGCGCCCCGGGGGUUUAAAUAAAUGUUUUGUUGUUUUGUUUUUUUAAUAGGGAAACUACGUGAUCGAUUGGGGUACGGGUGUUUACAGUUUAUUAUUUUAAUUUUUCUAUGCUGUUAAAACUAGUUCUAUAUGCGCGGUAAUCCAAAGUCAUUUAAAAACACGUUUUAUAUUAUUUAUUUAAAAAAAAAAGAGGUCAAACGGGCAGGUAGAGUUGCAAUUUAAGCGGUGUGGAGUUUUAUUUCAGUGCAUGCUGUCGUCUCGGUGCUGCUGGCUGUUUCUAUUCUUUGUUUACUAAUAAUCUGCUUUAUAAUUUGUCAGUAAAUCGGUAACGGUGAGAGUUAGCUGACGGGCACAUUAAUAACACAAAACUAGCCCAUGCCUUUACUCCCCCGAGUCUAUCGCCAGCUUGACAAGCAGUGUCUUCUAGGGAGGUGGGUUAAGAAUUUGUCCGAUCCCUGUUUAUUUCCCCUGGUUUAUAACCAGCCACCUACACGCAAUGGAGUGCCCGACGUUGUAGCUGCAGGACCCGGCAGCCUCGUACCGACGGCGGGAACAAGUGUCGAGGGGCACCCCCGUCGACUUGGGGAAAGGAGGGAUGGGCUCGCAAGUGUUACAGAUACUGAGGCAAGGGGUGUGGGCCUCCCUCACCGGGGGUUGGUUCGUUGACCCCCAUCAGAGCACCUUCUCCAACUGCUUUCACCUCUACGUGUGGAUAUUUCUGCUGGCGUUCCCCCUUGUGCUGUACAUGGCUCUGCCCUCCAGUAUCCUGGUCUCUGGGGUGUACUGCCUGGUGGUAGCAGCCUUCUUCACAGCGGUCAAGGUGGCGAACUUCCGGCUCCACGCCAUGUUUGACCAGGGGGAUAUCGUGGAGAGGAGGCAGGACCCGUCGACGAGAGGCGAGGAGGGAGAGGGAGAGGGAGGAGCGCUGCACGACCGGAGCCAAACCAGGGAUGCGGGGGGAGGGGUGGAGAUGAUAGUCUUUCGGAAAGUCAGUUCCACACCACCAGUGCGCUGCAGCUCCCAGCAUUCCCUCUUCGGGUUAAACCAAGUCUCAGAGUUUCUGCCACGUCUGGAUGACGCCGGAGGCUCCAAAGAUAUCAGGGAUUUGAUAAGGGAGCAGGGCAGUAACAACAUGAUCGUCACCGCAGCAGACCGCGAGAUCCUCAAACACAGCUCUCUGGACUUCAUCGGUGGUGCCGGUGCGGUCCAGUCCAGUCAGUUGAGCUGCAUGCCUGCAGCUCUGGCUGGAGGGGAGUUCGUGGGGGCAACAGGGGGGUUCGGGAGUUCGGUGGCUUUCCCAGCCGUCCCUCCCUCCCCUUCCAGUCGGGGAGAAGAUGAGGAAGAAUUAUCGUCGUCCUCCCCUUCGGAUCCUUCCCAAAGCCUGGCCGCUGGGGAGCUGACCCUGACCCCGAGCAAAGGAGUCGGGGGCUACUCCCCUCUGGGACCCUCCGGGGAGUCGGAGAGCCUUGGGGACACCCCCCUGAGCCCCCUGAUCAAGAGCAGCCUGAGCGAGGAGAUGAACGAGAAGCUUCUGGGGCUGGGGCUCGGUGAGGGGGGGCGCUCGAGGGCCCACCUCUCCUCCAGCUCCGCAGUCCAGGACCCGUCCGCGGUGAAGGCGGCGGCGCCCAAAGCCGGCUCCACCGACAGCUGCUUCAGCGGGGGCACCGACAGAGAGACCCUGAGCACCGUCAGCAGCUUCCGGAGCGAGAAAACAGACUCCACCCAGCUGGAGAGCCCUUCCCUGGGGGGAAACCUCCGCCACGCAGCCCCUUCUGAGACCACGGAGCAGCAGAGUGACCCGCCUGCGGCCGUUGGUUUAGGGGGCAGCGACACGGACGACCUUUCUGACAGCGAGCUUCUCCGAUCCCCUGCCAGGGAGUUCCCCUUGGGACUGGACAACGCUGUGGUGAGGCGGAGCGAGAUGGGCACGACUCUAGAUCCCGCCUCGCCCUCCGGUAGCGGGGACUCUGGGGAGUUUGGACACAAGCCCAGGGUGCGGCAGACCAGCUCGGUCCCAGCUGCUCUCGGGCAAGGGUCUUCCGAACCUGCCCUGCCCGUGCCGUCCCCGUUCCUCCUGCCGGAGAGGAGCGAGAGCGAGAGGGAGGAGCAGCAGGUGGUUCGGCCCAAAGACCUCAAGCUGCUGCGCGGCGGGGCUGUGACCGGUCUGGGGCACAAGCCAGGUCGGAGGAAGGUGCCACGCAAACGGGGCGGGGUGGGCAGCAGUAGCUUCGACUGCAGCUCCUACCACCGCCACCAAAACCACAACCACCACAGAGACUAUAUCCCGGUGCGCAGCCUCCUGGGGUCCAAAGCCUACAGCGAGAGCCUGUUUGAGGACUCCAGCGACGACGACGAGGACGGCAGCGAAGGCAGCGACAUCAGCCGGGGCUCCAGCCUGGGCUCCCAGCGCCGCUACAGCUCCGACGAUGACGAUUCCAGCUCUUCCACUUCCUGUUACUCCCCUGACUCCGCCUCUGCCACCCAGGCCCCGCCCCCUCCUCAGCACCCGCUCCUCCCCAACCCCGCCCACCACCACCACCACCACCAACACCACAGAAAAGAGUCUGAUUCCACGCAUCAAAGAGGCGCCCAGCGGUCGGCCAGCACGGCCAGCGCGAAGACUCACGCUCGCGUCCUGAGCAUGGACGGAGGCGGGGAACCGCCCGCCCGCCCCCUGACGGUCUCCAAAUCGGACCUGGAGGCCCGCGCUGGGGGGAACUCAGACCCUUUCGCCGCUCGGCACCGGCUGGAGUCCCUGGGCAGCGUCUGGCCCGGGAAUCAGACAGGCUGGAGGGCUGGGGAGCUGCCAGAGGAGGGUGCUGUGGGGGGAGCCGCCGCCCCAGAAGAGGGGGCCGUCAAGCGAGACUCGGGGAGCAGCGUGAAGAGAAAGCAGGCGAUCCGAAGAAGACACAACGCAGGCAGCAACCCCACCCCCCCCCCCGCCCUCCCCAUGGGCUCCCCCCCCAGUCUGCAGGAUAUUCAGCGAGCUCGGACCUCCAGCCACUCUCGGGUGCUCACUCUCCCCUCGGCGCUGCAGUUCGCCUCCUCCCUGCUGCUCCCCCGCGGCGGUGUGCACGAGGCCUCCACCUUCGACGACACGACCGAGGGAGCUGUGCACUACUUCUACGAUGAGGGUGGUGUCCGUCGAUCUUACACCUUCGGUCCAGCAGGGGGAGGUUAUGAAGACCCAGUCCAGGAGCGUCAGUCCCAGUCCUCCAGCUUCACUUCCAACGACGUCCAGGAGGGGGCAGGGCAGGUGCUGUCGGUGCUGCAGCCUCGACCCGUGGUGCUGCAGGGUAUGCAGGUGCGCAGAGUCCCGCUGGAGGUACCCGAGCCCUCGCUGCUGCAGUUCGACUUGGAUCACGAGUCCCUGCAUGAGUCCCAGGAGAACACGCUGAUGAUCGAGCAGGAGAAGAGCAAGCUCAAGCCGUGCUACCGCUUCAGGGUCCUGCCGGGGAAGUGGAUCCGGGUGCGCUACGACCGUCUCGCCCUGCUAGCCCUGCUGGACAGGAACCGCAGCGUGGUGGAGAGCGUGCUGGCGGUGGCUCUGGCCAGUCUGGUCUCGUUCCUGGGGUACCUGCUUCUCCUCGAGGGCUUCUUCAGGGAUAUCUGGGUCUUCCAGUUCUGUUUGGUAAUCGCCAGCUGCCAGUACUCCCUGCUCAAGAGCGUUCAACCAGAUGCCGCCUCUCCUAUGCACGGUCACAACUGGAUCAUCGCGUACAGCCGGCCGGUCUAUUUCUGCCUGUGCUGUGUGCUGAUCUGGCUCUUCGACAUGGGGGGUAACUCCCAGAGCCAGCUCUCCGUCACCCUGUACGGGGUCACCUUCUUCUCCACGGGGUUCCUGCUGUGCGCGCGGGACCUGCUGAUCGUUUUCUUGCUCUGUUUUCCUGCCAUCUUCCUCUUCGGCCUCCUCCCUCAACUGAACACCUUCCUCAUGUGCCUGCUGGAGCAGGUGGACAUGCACCUCUUCGGGGGCUCAGCCACGACGAGCCCUUUCUCUGCUCUCUACAGUGUCCUGCGCAGUCUCCUAGUGGCGGCCCUGCUGUACGGAUUAUGCCUCGGAGCCAUCAAGGCUCCCUGGGAUGACCUCCACGUGCCUGUGCUGUUCUCUGUGUUCUGUGGGCUGCUCCUUGCUCUCUCCUACCACCUCAGCCGUCAAGGCAGUGACCCCACCGUGCUGUGGUCGCUGAUCCGGUCCAAGUUCUUUCCGGAGCUGGAAGUCCGAAGCCCAGAGGAUCCGACUGUGGAGAUCAAGGAUCCUCUUCCGGAAAAACUCCUCAGCUCUGUGAGAGAGAUUCUCCACUCUGAUCUGGUCAUGUGCACUGUGAUUGCAGUCAUCACCUUUGCUAUCAGUGCCAGCACUGUCUUCAUCGCACUGCAGCCCUGGCUCAGCUUGGUCCUCUACUCCCUGGCUGGGGUGCUGGGGUUCGUGACACACUACCUGCUUCCUCAGCUCCGCAAGCAGCUGCCCUGGUUCUGUUUUGCUCACCCUGUGCUGCGCUCGCGGGAGUACAGCCAGUUCGAGGUUCGAGACGCUGCCCAGCUCAUGUGGUAUGAGAAGGGGUACGCCUGGCUGCAGUGCAUCGAGAAGUACCUCAUCUACCCGGCCGUCAUCCUCAACUCUCUGACCACAGAGGCACGCGCUGUGAGCAGCCAGCCAGAGAAACUGGGAGUCUAUAGCCGCUCUCUGUUGAUCUCGAUGGCUGGGAUGAAGCUGCUCCGCUCCUCUUUCUGCUCCCCCUCCCAGCAGUACGUCACUCUCUGCUUCACCGUGCUGUUCUUCCGCUGUGAUUACCAGCGCUUCUCCGAGACCUUCCUGCUCGAUUACUACUUCAUGUCCAUACUGUUCAGCAAGCUGUGGGACCUCCUGUAUAAACUGCGUUUCGUGGUUACCUACAUCGCACCCUGGCAGAUCACUUGGGGCUCCGCUUUCCACGCCUUCGCCCAGCCCUUCGCUGUGCCCCACUCUGCCAUGCUUUUUGUCCAGGCUGUGUUCUCCGCUCUCUUCUCCACUCCUCUCAACCCCCUGCUGGGCAGCGCCGUCUUCAUCACCUCCUACACACGGCCCGUCAAGUUCUGGGAGCGGGACUACAACACUAAGAGAGUGGAUCACUCCAACACACGCCUGGCUACCCAGCUGGACAGGAACCCAGGCGCGGACGACAACAACCUGAACUCUAUUUUUUACGAGCACCUUACACGCUCCCUGCAGCACAGCCUGUGCGGGGACCUGCUGCUGGGGCGUUGGGGGAACUACAGCACGGGGGACUGCUUCAUCCUGGCCUCGGACUACCUCAACGCACUGGUGCACAUCAUUGAGAUCGGGAACGGACUGGUCACGUUCCAGCUCAGGGGCCUGGAGUUCAGAGGUACAUACUGCCAGCAGCGAGAGGUGGAGGCAAUCACAGAGGGAGUGGAGGAGGACGAGGGCUGCUGCUGCUGCGAGCCGGGGCACCUCCCCCACAUGCUCUCCUUCAACGCAGCCUUCGGGCAGCGCUGGCUGGCCUGGGAGGUGGCUGCUACCAAGUAUGUGCUGGAGGGCUACAGCAUCAGCGACAACAACGCAGCCUCCAUGCUGCAGGUGUUCGACCUGCGCAAGAUCCUCAUCACGUACUACGUCAAGAGUAUAAUCUACUACGUGACUCGCUCCCCCAAGCUGGAGGAGUGGCUGGCCAAUGAGACGAUAAGGGAGGCGCUCCGCCCCUGCAACGCCCCCGGCUACGCCGACAGCGACCCGACCUUUAACCUCAACAUCGACGAGGACUACGACCACCGCCUGGCCGGCAUCACGCCCAGCGCCUUCUGCAGCAUCUACCUGGACUGGAUCCAGUACUGCAACAGCCGACGGCAGGCGCCCGUGAACGGAGAGCGAGACUCCCCCAUGGUCACCCUGUGUUUCGGGCUCUGUAUCCUGGGACGGAGAGCUCUGGGGACAGCCUCACACAGCAUGUCAGCCAGUCUGGAGCCCUUCCUGUACGGGCUGCACGCCCUCUUUAAGGGCGAUUUCAGGAUCACGUCCCCCAGAGACGAGUGGGUCUUUGCGGACAUGGAUCUGUUGCACAGAGUGGUGGCUCCCGGAGUCCGGAUGUCUCUCAAACUCCACCAGGACCACUUCACCUCCCCGGACGAGUUCGAGGACCCUGUAGUCCUUUACGAUGCCAUCACCUCCAACGAGGAGAAGAUGCUGAUCUCUCACGAGGGCGACCCCGUGUGGCGCAACGCCAUCCUGACCAACACGCCCUCCCUGCUGGCUCUGAGGCACGUGAUAGAUGACGGCAGCGAUGAGUACAAGAUCAUCAUGCUGAACAAGAGGUUCCUCAGCUUCAGGGUCAUCAAGGUGAAUCGAGAGUGCGUGCGUGGGCUGUGGGCGGGGCAGCAGCAGGAGCUGGUCUUCCUGAGGAACCGGAACCCGGAGCGGGGCAGCAUCCAGAACGCCAAGCAGGCUUUGCGCAACAUGAUCAACUCAUCCUGCGACCAGCCCAUCGGCUACCCCAUCUACGUGUCCCCCCUCACCACCUCCUACGCGGGGAGCCACGCCCAGCUGCGCUCCGUCUGGGGGGGGCCCGUCAGCCUGAAGAACAUCUCCGACUGGUUCAUCAGCAGCUGGGGCAGGUUACAGAAGGGUUGUGGGGCAGGUUGUAACAGCGGAGGGAACAUCGAGGACUCUGACUGCGGAGGGGGCUCCUCUUCAAUUACCAACAACCCCCCCAGCCACUCCACGGGACCCCCCAGCACACACCCCCUGCCCGUCAGCACCGCGCAGCCCCCCCCAGGCAAUGAAUCUAGCUUGCCUCUGAGCCAGGUCUGGGCGAUCCGACCCCAGCCUUUACCGCUGUCCCUGUUCAGCCAGUCGGAAGGCAGACGAGAAGGCGGUAUCGGCCCCUCCCUCCAGGGUCUCCUGGGACCGCGUCUGUCCAGCUCCCAGCUGUCCUUCAGCAGCACGUCCACUCCCCUGCCGGUGGCUGAUCGCUUCUCUGCAGGCAGUGGCGCGGACACCCCGGGGCCGCCCCCUCCUCAUCGAGGACCCCAGCGCCCAGGCCUGGGCUUCACCUCCAGCCACGCGUAUGACGGGCUGUACGGGAAGUGGAGCCUCCCUGGAAGAAAAGGCUUCGCUGGGCUGCCUGCGGGGGACAGGGACAGGGACAGGGAGGGGGACAUCUCGGGGACGCAGUCCAGCAGCAGCGUUGGCACCGGGGUCGAGACACCAGCAAGGUCCACUGGGCCUCGGAACCAGACCGCUUCUCUCCCCAUUUCCUCCGAUCUCAGCCAGGUUCCUGAGCUAGGUGGGGCCCCUCUCGCCGCUGCACAGCCCAGUGAGGCCCUGGGGGACCCCCUGACCCCACGAGAGACCCCCAAAGAGGACCCAGUAGAGCUUGCCUUACUGGAGCACCAGCACUGAACUGCAGGGAUACUGGAAACCACAACUAAACUGGAACAAAAACUAAACCAGCCAACCAGCCUCCGCUUCUCCGACACCUCGACCUGGGGUCUUCAAAACCCUGGGGGGG